AUGUACUUCUCGGCAGCGCGCACCAGACAAUAUGUCGACGAACUGGUUCAACUUCUCUCCAAAUCACCGGAACUGCUUGAUGAUGUGGACGUAUUCAUCAUCCCCGACCACAUCACCCUCACCUCCGUGGUCGCCCAGUUGAAGCGCACGAAGAUUCUUACUGGAGCCCAGGAUGCAUUCUAUGAGGACUCAGGGGCCUACACGGGCGAGGUUUCUCCUCAAGUUCUUGCCGAAGUAGGGUGUCGCAUUAUUGAGCUGGGCCACGCAGAGCGUCGGAGGAUAUUCGGAGAGACGGAUGAGGAUGCGGCCAAAAAAGCGGCAGCCGCCGCUAGGAAUGGCAUGAUUCCCCUCGUCUGUAUUGGCGAACGAACGCAAGGCCAGGUGACCAUCGCUGUGGAAGAGUGCAGGUCUCAGGUUGAAUCUGUGAUGGCGGCAGUUCCGGACGACACCGAGGUCAUAUUGGCUUACGAGCCGGUGUGGGCAAUAGGCGCGAAAGAGCCGGCUGGUGCUGAGUAUGUUGUGAAUGUGGUCAGAGACAUCCGCACUCUAGACUGUGUCCAGCGCCGAAAGGGCAUCACUAGGAUCCUGUACGGUGGAAGUGCUGGACCAGGUUUGUUUGAGAAAUUGAAGGGGGGCUUGGAUGGGCUGUUUUUGGGCCGCUUUGGCCACGACCCGGCACAAUUUUACAAGACUCUGCAGGAGAUUGCCUCAGCAUGA